GACAGUUUGAUCUGGCCCCAAAUCUGAGAAAUACAAAAUAAAUAAAACUCCUAACAGAAAUAAAAUAAAAUAGUCAAACAGUCCCUUCAGCAUAUAUAGCAGUGAUUUGAAAAAGGCCAAUCUUGAUUUCCUAUACAGUUGAAAAUAUGCAGCUAAACUGAAUCAGUAGCAGAUCAGUGACAUUGUGAAAACACAAGAUGUCCAUGAAACAGACAUUUCCAAUCCGGCCCAACUUGCCUUUUGGGUGCGACUAACACAGAGGACCCCUCUGCAUGUCCUGAGAAUUUAAGUGACCCUUGAAGGAAAAAAGGUUCACCACCAUCUGUUCCAACGUGACCUCAGCGUGUGGACUACCCCCUGUGUCUUGUUUUGCAUCCAACGAAAACUCCUGUCACUUUCUUAUCUAAUCCACCUUGGGGAUUUUUUUGUCUUCUUCACAGCAUAAUCUUCUCACAACUUCCUGGCUGCGCUGAAAAAGCACAUACACUAUACUGGGUAUGUUAUCAACAAAACCGUUUGGGACUUCUGCCCAGAAUUAUGGGGGGGGGGGGGGGGAACCACCUUUAAAAUAAGACAAGCCAAGUUAGUCAUUAGAAUCACAAAAGGCAACGUGGGAAUUGGUCCUAACCUUUCUGGCAGACAUCAGAAUAUCAGAACCGCAUUAUAAGAUGGCAUAACCAGGUGGACCAACAAUACAUGAGUGGGGGGACUCCCCAGUUGCAACAAUUGCAGUGUCUUGUUCAUAGACUGUAAUGAAUAUAAAUGGAUGGCAUCUCUACUUCCUCCCGCUAUCCAGAAACAAAGUCAGGCUUCACUUCACUUCACCUUAUUUGGUUUUGUCUCGGUUAUGGAGGGACAUAUACAUUUACUGCACAGUAGUAGUAGGAUUGUGGCGAGGUGGAUUUGCAACUGUGGGACUUUAACAAUGGAGAAAUGGGUUCACAUCCUCAGUGUAGCAUGUUGUUGGAUUUAGACGACAAAACUAAUUUGGUAAAAGCUAUAGGCAAAUAUCCUGCUACUGAUAAAUGAUCAUAAACACUGGUCUCAUGCUUCAUGUCACAAUUAACUGAUUAUGGUUUUUCCCAAAGCAUAUCCAUAAAAAUAUUAAAUCACAUGUGCGUCACUGUGUGCAAAUAUUCCAUCACAGAGAGGAUAUUGUAGGGGGAAUUUAUUCCACAUUUUGCCAUGAACCAGAUAUGACUGACAAAAUUCCUGAACUGUGUUAAGAAAUACAUAAAUAAAUAAACAUUAUCCGGAUGAUGUACUGUUAAGCGCUUUGAGUGGUCAACAAUACUAGAUAAGCGCUAUAUAAAUACAGAACCAUUUACCAUUUACCAUGAUAUCCUAUUGGCAGUGGAAGGGGGGAGAUCGUAAAGAUUGCCCACUGGAGGUGGUUACUGAUAUAUAUUUAAAAAAAAGAACCUCAAUAAUCUAAGUAGGCUUUGGUUUUAAUUCAUCUCUCUGUCUAUGUUGAAAAGAGCCAACUAAGGAAGUCAUCAUACCACAAAUAAAUCAUUAUCUGAUGGGCCAUGCAUCACAUGCUCCGGUGUGAUACAUUACCACAUUUGAUGCAACAGCACAGUAAGAACAUUAACCACACUAACACAAUUGAGGUUAGGGAAAAGCAUGCUUAAUGUGUUAAAAGUUCUGUGUGUAGAAUUAUAUUGACAUCUAGUGGUGAAGUUUCAUUUUGCAGCUGAAUACCCCUGAGCUCACCCUCCCCUUCCAAACAUGAGAGAGAACCUGUAGUAGUUGUCGUAAAAAUUCAAAAAGUGUUCUGUUUGUCAAGUUUGGACUACUGUAAAAAAAAAUAAAUAAAAAGAGCCCAUUCCAGGGUAAAUAAAAAAUGUUGUACAAUUGAGAUGGAACACAUGACUGAAAACAUCACACGGAUUAUUUUAUAUUGAGUUUCUGUCAAUUGAUCCCUUUCACCGUGCUUGUGCCACAUCAAAUACUCAAGAGUAACUCCGACUUUACAACAAUAUUUAAACAGGAGCAUCCGAAUAUCUCUCCAAUGCAUAGAUAUGAAUUCUCCUGACAGGUAAAACCACAAAGCCAAACACCACAGGGUUUCUACUUCAGACAGUGGAUCAACUUCUGUUUACAAACGAAACACACAGGGGACAUUAGUCAAUAAAUCGCUCUAUAGACUGCUAUGGGGGGGGCACAGUUUGAUGGUGUCACCCCCCCCCUCCCUCACACACUGAACCCUUGAGACCUUUUGAAGUGUGAUUGUUUUAUUCAUCAUGUUGACAUGUUCCCUUUGUGCCUAUUUAUUCAAUAAAUCAGACAUUAGGAGUGAAACAAGCCGUCAACCUGAUUCUUUCCACCUUUACAGAGAAGUAAACAAAUGUUUGUCUGAAAGAAAACAUCAGUGUUGAGAUGUUGCAAACCUAAGAACUCAGUCCUGUUAACGUGUGAGUGGGGCUCAGCAGCUGGAAUCCAAAAUUACUUACACUUUCACAAAAUCGAUUGUAGAGAAUUGACUUUCUUAGUCUAUAUUUGUGUAUAACAUUGUGUGAUUCCUGCUUGGUCUACAUUGAUUUCCUCACAAAUGAAUUCUGAAACACAGGGAACAGGACACCCCAAGACAGCUGAGGUUUUAUCAACUGCCAUAUUUUUCAUUUCCUGGAAACUUCUCUUCGUCUUAUUCUGGGAAAUCACACGUUCAAACCAAAAGUGAAAGUGUUUUGACCAACAGAAUAAAAGGAGGGUGUCUGCUAGCACAGAUCUGUAUUGGCAUAUGCAGCAAAGUGUGAUGUUAUAUCUAUAGCUGCAGGACACCAUCGAAUCCUGGAUGAAAGACUGUGGCAGAUCUCUACAAAGAGAGAAGAAGAUUUAAUAAUCUGGACCGAGUGAGACACAAUUAACACUGGACCCAGAAUGGACAGCUCAGGGGAGGAAGAGGAGUUCUUUGAGACCAACGAUACGUUCCCUGAGCCGGACAGUGAGGAGAAGGAUCCCUCAACAACACAGUCUAACUAUGUUUCUCCACCAGAAGAAGUAACACCUCUCUGUUCAGGCACGAGGACUGUUUCAGAUCCCUGCAGUGACCCACUCAGAGGCAGUGGGACCAUGGAGGACUCCAGCACUGUAGAUGUUCAGGGCAGUACUGGAACCAGAAAUACUCCAAGUGGAACAUCUGGCAAUACACAGACACAACUGCAGACCUUGUUGGAGGAUCUGGGCUUGAAGCAGCACUACACAAAGAAGCUAACACUGAGCGAAAUACUUCAGAUUGACCUGAAGGCCAUCACUGAUGAACCUGCCAAGUGCCACUCAGAUCUUCCAUGGUAUUUCUUAAAGAAACUGAUGAUGGUUAAUGUGACGGCGAGAAAUUUACCAUCAGAAUGUGAAUCAUCCAAUGACGAAGCAACAGAAGCUACUGAAUCUGACUCUGAUGAUCUGUGUGACAUUACAGACUCAGGUGACAUGGUAAACCCCCUUGAUGUAAUCACUGCUCUCUUCCUGUGUUCUGAUGGGUUUGUGCAACAGGAAAUGGCCCUCAAAAUGUCCAUGUGUCAGUUUUCUGUGCCUCUCCUGCUUCCAGAUUGUGACACAGAUCAGUGCAAACUCAUGCUUUGGGCCAUGAGAGACAUUGUUAAAACCUACAGACCUCAGUCCCUUUUACAAUCCAAGGGUUUUACUGAGGAAAGAAUCGUUCCCUCUGAAAUUCCAAUGAUAUCAUUUGUGAGACUGGGGGACUGUUCCAUUUCCAAGUCACAGAUUCUUAAUAAGCUUUUGAGUAAUUCUGAAGAGUACCAUGACUAUUUUGUUCACUGUGAUAUGGAGUGUGGUGACUUCCCAAGAAGAAUAUCCAAUGGACUGACUGAAAUAACUUGGUACCUUCCUUCUGGCAAAAAAAACAUUGAUAUUUUCAGUGAGCCAUUAGCUGUAGCUAACCUUCGUGGGGACAUUGCUUCAUUUGAAACUCAGUUUUCUUUCUUGUGUCAGACAUCUGCAGCAGUGUUUGUGUUCUUUGACAAUUUGGACCCUGAGUGCAAGCUGCUAACCAACCUCCACCACAAGGCAGAGAUGUUUUUGGUCGGUAACCAACAAAGCAAAUGCUUUAGUAUGGAUGCUCUCAAAACAGUAGCAACAAAGCUGGGCUUGAGUAAAGUCAACAUCAUUACAAAGACCAAGAAAAAUUAUGCAGACUUUGUCAAAGGUUUGCGUAAGAAAGUCAACGAUGUUAUUGAGAACACAAAGAACAAGAUGUGCAUUGAGAAGAUGGCUGACAUUGCCCCUGAAUUGGGAAUCUUGGUUGAUGAAGACUGUCCAGAGUGUCAGACUGCCAAGGAACAUGCAGAUGCCAUUACAUCAAAAAUUAAAAACAUCCCUGACUACAAAGCCACUCAGCUUCCCUUGCAUGGCGAAAUAUGGAAGGAGUUGACAAUUUUAGAGAAGGAAGCAUUUCGACUGAAAAAUCUUGGAUCUAAAGACAUAGAAACAUACAAAGCAGGAAUUCAGAAAAAGAAAGAAAAACUUCGGGAGAAACAAAGCUCUAAAAACAUGUCAGAUGCCAUGACGUGCUUCAUCAGUGCAAUAUCAAGCCCAGGCAUAGAGAGACGUUAUUUCCUGAAAUGGAUGCGAAUGAACCUUGAUAACCUGUCUCGAGAAAAACUGUCUGGCCUCAGAAAGCGGUACAAAGAAAAAUGCAAAGAUGAAGAGAACAAAGAGGCCAUCAAAGUCAUUGAUAAAGAGCUUUCCAACAGCUCACUGGGAAUUGAACACUUCUUCCGUGAAAUGGGUCAGAUUUAUGAAGCUUCAGUUUCCCUUCCAGAACAAGAUCUGUCACGUAAACAACUACAGCAUCUGCCCCAAAUCUGUGCAGGAUUGUUGCUUGAUGGAUUUCCCCUGGAGCUUGUAGAUGGAGAUGCAUCCAACAUACCUCUCACAUGGGUGAGUGAUGUUCUCUCCCAGCUCAAUGAACUGGUGUCUCCAAAGAACAAGAUACUGGUCGUCACAGUUCUUGGAGUUCAGAGCACAGGAAAGUCCACUCUUCUUAACACCAUGUUUGGAGUGCAGUUUGCAGUCAGCACUGGCCGAUGCACUCGAGGUGCUUUUAUGUUGCUCAUCAGAAUCAAUGAAGAUGUCAAAAAAGACCUUUACUGUGACUUCAUGGUCAUCAUUGACACUGAGGGCUUAAAGUCAGCAGAGCUCGCACAACUGGAUGAUAGCCAUGAGCACGACAAUGAGCUUGCAACACUUGUUGUGGGGCUGAGUGACAUCACCAUUAUCAAUAUUGCAAUGGAGAAUUCCACACAAAUGAAGGACAUCCUACAAAUAGUUGUGCAUGCGUUUCUCAGGAUGAAAGAGGUGGGCAAAAAGCCUAAAUGUCAGUUUGUUCACCAGAAUGUGUCAGAUGUUUCAGCCAAUGAGAAAACCCUAAGAGAGAGGAAACUGCUCUUGGAUCAGUUAAACGAGAUGACACAGGCAGCAGCCAAAAUGGAGAAGAAAGAAAAGAACAAGUGCUUCACUGAUGUCAUGGAGUACAACCCAGAAACUGGGAGCUGGUACAUUCCUGGACUCUGGAAUGGAAACCCACCAAUGGCACCUGUCAAUGCAGGGUACAGUGAAGCAGUAUAUCAGUUCAAGAAAAACAUCACAGAGACACUAGGAAACUGUGAGUCCUCUGCUAAUGACAUAUUGAAGUUUAAAGAGUGGAUGUCAAGCCUGUGGAGAGCAGUGAAGCAUGAAAACUUCAUCUUCAGCUUCAGAAAUAGUCUUGUGGCUGAAGCAUACAUGAGUCUAUGCACAGAAUUCAACAAGUGGGAAUGGGACUUCAAAGAAUCCAUAUACAAGUGGAUAAUAGAUGGCGAAACAACCAUCUCAAAUUUAGGAACACCUGCUUCCAAAUCUAAAAUAGUUGACAUGAAAGAACUCAUUUUGAGUUUGAAAAGUGAAGUCUCCACAAAGCUGAUGAAAUUGGAGGAAGAGCUUCUUGAAAAACUGAAAAACUAUUUCAAGCAAAAAGACGGCCAUGUCCAUCUCGUAGAAAGAUACAAAGAGGACUUUGCAAACAGUGCAAGGAGUCUUCGACUAGACAUGCAGAACUCUGUGUAUAGUCAACUCAAAGCAGCGGCUGAAAUCAAACAGGGACAGACAGAAGUUCAAAAAAUCAAAGAAAAUCACACAAAAGAAAUUGAAGAAGCAGUGUGUGCACUGAUCGAUGAAUGUCGAAAGAAAAAGGUCCAGAUGGGAGAGGAAGAACUGAACCAAGAAUUUGAUAAGAUGUGGAAAGAAACAGUGAAGAAACUGUCUUUUUCCAAACAAGAGCCAACAGAUGUCGUUAACAGUGUCUCCCUCUAUCUAUUAAUAAAUCUCACACACAAAGGGAGUCUUGCACGUGAAUUACUGAGUCAAACAAACCUGCAACAUUGUGGGGAAACGCCUUUCAAAUAUAUAGCCAAAGGAUGGUUUGAAAAAGCUAAAAAGAAGGCGAGCAAUUGGCGUCUCAUUCAAGAUCCCAUCAGACUACAGAAGAUAGCUGACAACAUCAUAGAUGAAUGCCUUCAGUAUGUGAUGGAAAAAGUGAAAACAGAUGUGCCCGAAGCAGAUGCAAAAAAAACCCCAAACUACUCUGAUGCUUACAUCCAGGAGAUCCUUCGCAUAGUUGAUGAGAGGCUGCAAAAGCAUGAGGAUGGAACCGUAGACAUUGAGUUUGAAGUUUCUCUAAAACAGCACAUCUGUGGCAUUGCAGCCAGACACUUUCAGAAAAUGCAAGAAGAUUUCCUAAAGGAGAAUGACCCUUACUUAUGUCUGAACAAAAACAAAGAAAAGUUUUGUGAUAGUUUCAAAGAUGUGUUCAAUGAACGAGACCAGAGCCAGAAGAAGGCAGAAGAAUUCACCGAACAAUGUUUGAAGCCUGCAGUUGAAAAGUUUGUCUACAGUAAACUGGGUCCUGAUAUCAUUCGUGAAAUGAGGACACAACAACAGUUCAUUACAAGAGACACCUUCCAGUAUGACAUUUUACUGGAUUUGCUCUCAAAGCACAGCUUUUGGAAGUACGUAAGGUACAUUGGCUCAUAUGAGGUUCAUGUAAAGAAGUGGAUACUCUACCAAACAGUGAAGCACUUAUCAAAAGAUUCUAAGAUGUUUGAGCUAGUGGAUCAGCAUCUUGACUCAAGUAUCAGCAGCAUAAAGGCUGCAAUCCACAAGGCCACAAAGAAAACAAGUGCUGACUUGAAAACAUUCAUUAACAACUUCUGUCAGGAACUUGGUGAUACACUGGUCAUUUCCCAGGAUGCACUUGGUGAUGUCAUGAUGCUGAACAAAGCAAACCAGGAACAGUUUGCCCAAUGGUUCACAGAGUUUGUGAAUAAAAUGGAAAAAGCUCUAAAGCAAAAGUUUAAAAGAAUAGACAUCCAGAUGAUACUGAAACGUGAUGAUGUCAAGUCCCAGAAUGAGCUUUUCACACAAGUGAUUGGAUGUGGUAAACAGUGUCCCUUCUGUGCAGUGGCCUGUGUGUCCGGAGGUGGGAACCAUUCUGUGCAUACGGCUCCACUGCAUAGGCCACAGGGUCUGAAUGGAUACAGUUGGCACCAAACAGAACAACUAGCCACUGACAUAUGCUCGUCAUUAGUGGUGAGUGACAACCUAUUUUGCUGUGGUGCUACUAAAGAUAAAUUGAUCUCUUUCAAAAACUACACAGACAUCUUCCCAGAUUGGAAAAUUCCUCCAGAUGAAAGCUAUCAGGCAUCAGACUACUGGAAAUAUGUAAUGGCAACGUUCAAUGAGGAGUUUGCAAAAGAACAUGGUGUAAAGCCUGCUGAUAUUCCUCCAACCUGGAAAGAUAUCUCACGUCUGCAGGCACAACAGAGUCUCAAAGGGUCAUUUAACAUCAGCUGAGAGACAACAAGCUGUCUGAUUAGAGAAGUGCACAUCCUCCUCAUUACAUUGAUUCAUUAUCCUGUCAUGGAUAACUUGAUCCAUUUGUUUUCACCUUUAUCUGAGAAUGUUUUUAUGUCUUUAACAAAGUGAUCUGCUUUAACUCUGUGUUGAUGAGCUUACUAAAAUACAGUCUGAUAGUCUGUGUACAUUCUAGGAGCACAUGUUAAGAAACAUGCCAAAUAGAUUUUAGGAUUUUGUUUGACAUAACAUCAUUAUCUUGCCUCUAAAAAGAAUCACGCAAAUAAUCUAGACAGAAAUUGUUUUUGUUUUUUCAUCAAAUGUAAUGUGAUAUGCUAUGUUUUUGUUUCUACGACAAUCCUGAUGUCAAAUAUUUACAUAAAGUGCCUCUUAAAACAUGGCCAUGUCUGUGUUUGGUAUCAUCCUUUUCAAACAGAAUAUAAAAAAAUCAGAAUUUAAAUGAAAGGUUUCUUUGUUUUGAGUUUUAUCUUGUGGCAACUAUUUACACUUUGAAGGAAUUAAAAGAUCAUUCACUCACAUUUGUGGUGUUUUCAACAUGUACGGAUGAAUAUGUCAAUUAAACAGAUUCCAUAAACAAACAA